GCUGGAAACUGAACACACACACACACAGACGCACACAGAGUGACUCUGUCACGAGCUGGAGACGAACCUAAGUUUCACCUGAGCCUCACCUGAGCCUCACCUGAGCCCGUUGCUGCCUACGAACACAGAUCUGCAGAAGGAAGAAGGAGGAGGAGCUAAGGGAAGAUGAGGAGGACAGGGGAGCAGAGCGAUGACAACGCCACACUCAUUGCCAUGGAAGCCAAGCCGGAGAACAAUUACGGCAGCAUCACCAUGAAUGCACCUGAUCAGCCUCGGGACAGGAACGUGUUCAGUGACGGAUCAACUCGAGUUGAUUUCGUGUUGGUGUGGGAGGAGCCUCUGAGCUCUCAGAAGGAGGAGAAUACUGGUGUUAACCCCACCCACGUAAAGUGGAGGGAGGAGUUUCUGAACCGACUGAAACACUCCGGACUGCUGCAGGAACAGAAGGAAGUCCUUAAUACGAAGACGAGAAUUAGUUUUGUCCUCCUCAGUGCUCCGUGGAGUGUCCUCUGUUAUUACGCUGAGGAAAUCAGUCUGAGAGUCCCUCUGCAGGUGGUCACUGCUCCGGUCGUUGCCUGGUCUGAAAAGAUUCUAUCCAAGCUGUCCCUUCCCAGCCCUAUGUCCCAGGAUGUCCCCAACCCCCCUCCUAUCUACUACACCUGUCAGUUCAGGAACAACAAGCUGCAGAGGUUUCUGGGCAGCGACAACAAAGAGACCUUUUUCAAGACGACUCAGAGACACCAAGUGCUGUAUGAGAUUCUCGCCAGGACUCCAUAUGGUUCGGUGAAGAAGGGGGAGGUGGGAAUCGACCGACUGCUGAGUGAGCAGGCCUUCACUGCUGCCUACCCUCUGCAUGAGGGCGGUUUCCAGCUGCCAAACCCCCCAGUGCCCCCACAGUCUUUAAGUCUGAGACAGAUAUUGUAUGCAUACUGGGCCCAGUGGUCCUGCUGGAGACGAUACCAACCUCUGGACCACAUCAGGGAGUACUUUGGAGAGAAGAUAGCACUUUACUUUGCCUGGCUCGGUUUCUACACUGGUUGGCUGUUGCCGGCGUCUCUCGUUGGGACCGUGAUCUUCCUGUUUGGGUUUUGGCUCAUGGCCACUGAUGUUCCUGCGCAGGAGGUGUGUGACAGUGGAAAUAGCUUCGUCAUGUGUCCCAUCUGUAACAUCUGCUCCCACUGGAACUACUCCAGCAUCUGUGUCACCUACAAGGCAGGUCUCCUGUUUGAUAAUGGAGGGACAGUGUUUUUCAGUGUCUUCAUGUCUCUGUGGGCCGUCACCUUCCUGGAGUACUGGAAGAGAACCUGUGCAGUUCUGUCUCACCGCUGGGACUGCUCCGACUUCGAGGACAUCGAGGAGCGACCUCGUCCAGAGUUCACAGCCAUGGCGCCAAUGACCAUGAGGAACCCGGUGACCGGAGCAGAGGAACCUUACUUUCCUGAAAACAAGCGAUUCAACAGAACUUUGACUGGCUGCAUGGUCAUCAUCACCAUGAUUGCUGUGGUGCUGAUGUUCCUCAUCGCCAUCAUAGUUUAUCGCACCAUCCUCAGCAUCAUCAUCUACAAGUCUAGCCACAGCUUCUUCAACAUAUCUGCGGGGCGGAUAGCCAGUAUUUCAGGAUCAGUGUUGAACCUGUUGGUCAUCCUCAUGCUGUCCAGGGUUUAUAUUGCACUGGCUCACACCCUCACCCGCUGGGAGAUGCAUCGCACUCAGACUAAAUAUGAAGACAUGUUCAUCCUGAAAGUUUUCAUCUUCCAGUUUGUCAACUUCUACUCGUCUCCUGUUUACAUCGCCUUCUUCAAAGGCAGGUUUGUUGGUUACCCUGGACACUACAACACUCUGUUUGGAGUUCGCAACGAAGACUGUGGAGCAGGUGGAUGUCUGAUUGAACUGGCUCAGGAGCUGCUGGUCAUCAUGGUGGGAAAACAGCUGAUCAAUAACGCCCAGGAGUUCAUUGUCCCGAAGUUGAAGUCAUGGUGGCAGAAGAGGAGAAUGAGUCCACAGCUGAGAGAGGUGAAGAAGAAGGAGGGAGAGGAGGCUGAGAGGGAGGAGCAGCAGGAGCAGCAGGAGCAGGAGGUCUCUCCCUGGGAAGCAGACUACCAGCUGCUGGUCUGUGAGGGACUCUUCAGCGAGUACCUGGAGAUGGUGAUUCAGUUUGGUUUCAUCACCAUCUUCGUGGCAGCAUGUCCCCUCGCUCCUCUCUUCGCUCUCAUUAAUAACUGGAUAGAGAUUCGAUUGGACGCUCAGAAGUUUGUGACUGAAUAUCGCCGCCCUGUGGUGGAGCGUGCACAGGACAUCGGCACCUGGCUUCCCAUCCUGCAGUUUAUCAUGCACAUAGCUGUCCUCAGCAACGCUUUCCUCAUAGCGUUCACCUCGUCCUUCCUGCCUCGUCUGUACUAUCGCUACACCAGAGACAGCACACUGAGGGGCUUCAUCAACUUCACUCUGGCAACAUCACCACACGACUACAACCAGCAGCCCCAACAUAUCUCCUGCAGGUAUCGGGGUUUAAGGGAUGAAAAUGGUGACUACCUGCCUGAGUACUUUCACUUGCUCGCUGUACGGCUCAGUUUUGUCAUCAUCUUUGAGCAUGUGGUCUUCUUCAUCGGCCGUGUGAUCGACAUGAUGGUCCCUGACGUCCCGGAGGAGGUGGAGAUAAAGAUGAAGAGGGAGCACUACAUGGCUAAAGAGGCACUGGCUGAGAACCAGUCUUUAGGGAGAAGCAUGAUUCCCAGCGAUAUGGUCACCCUUUCUGGUGAACUGCGACAGCGUGGAUCUAGACCCUCACCACCGCUGCAGAGCGACUCCCCCCCACCAAACCUGAAAAAGAUCCCAGAGGAAACAGAUACACUAGACAACUGUUGAGAUGAAGUGGACUGUCCUGGAUGUCAUCCCACUACCCCAGCAUCCACAUCUAAAUGACUGAGCUUCUUCUUUUGAUCAACCUUCUGGACAGAUCUACAAAACCACUAUGAGACCUCUACAAGCAACUCUGCAAGAGGUCUACAGGACCUACAAGAUGUCUGCAUGAUCUCUAUAUACAAGAUCUAUAAGACCUCUGCUGGGCAUCUACAAGAACUACAAGAUUUGUGUUAUAUCCUUUCAUGCCCUUCAAGAGCUCUGUAAGCUGCUGAUGAAACCUACAAGAUGUUUGCAGGAUCUCUGUAAGACCUAUAACAUUUUUGCUGGACCUUUACACAACCUGAAAUACUUAUGUUAGGCUGAAAGGCUUCUCCUAGAUGUCUCCAAGAACCAGGGAAGUUGUGUUAUAUCCCUAGAUGUCUUUUGGAAACUUUAUAAGAUGUUGACAAGACCUGCAAGACCUACAAGACAUUGAAGAAAUCUCUACAGCUAGAUCCCAGAUUGCUACAAGACCAACAAGUGAACAGGGCUGCAGGGAAUCCUUGUUCAUGUUCAGCUGUUACUGAUUCUCAUUCAGAGAUGUUUAUUCUUCCUGACUCUGCUGUCAUAUUAAAUUAUUACGUAUUGAAAGGUGUUUCUAUUCUUCUGUGGUCUGUUUAUGAAAAUAUAGGAGGAAAAACAUUUUAGAAACACUGUCAUAAUUAUAUAAUUUGUUGUUAAUUCUCACAUGUGCAAACUAAUUUACAAACUCUGUCCUCUGUUACUGAGAUAACAAACUGAUUUUAUAAUCUAUACUAUCUUAACAGUCAUCCACAUGGCAAUGACAGGAAAAAGAGAUUCAACAAAGAUCCGUGACCAGAUUUAUAUAUUUUUGAUACAUUUAUAGUUGUACACACUGUAACUGAAAUCUAAACAAAUAUCUUGUUCAUGUAUUAACGCUGUUGAUAUUUUCUGGAAAAGGCUGAAUAUAUGAUGUUAAUAAAUUUCUUACAGAUGUCAGAUGUUUGUGUUAAUUU